UGACCAUGUCCCAUGGGCAGAUUUUGUGAUUAUGAUGGCUAUUUUUGAUUAAGAGCACCACAAUGGCAAUCGUCAUUCGCUAAGAAAGAAGAGGAGUGUGGCUCAUUCUUGGAGCGAACGGUGUUUAAGAGAAGCGCAUAGAGAAGCCAUCGUCACAACGCUCAAGCAGCAGGUUACCGCACGUAUUUUUAACCUAAGGUUAAGCGUGACUUCACUAAUCGAACCAUGCCCUGGCAUACCCCCUACCUUCAGAGCUUUACUGGGUUGCUGAAACUACUCCAGGUUAUGGCGUCACUACUGAUCGUUGUCUGCCUUUCAGUCGCUCACUACAACAUGGAGUCCAACUAUAUCACGAUGCGUCCACCAGCUCUUCUAAUGGCCAUGCUGUCCUUCAGUUUCUUCAUUACAAGCCUCGCCGUGCUCAUGUCCGUGGUGAUGGGAAGCACUGACGUUCCCUACACUGUGUUUUACCGCGUGCACGGCGUCCUCGGCACCGUUGCCUUCAUAAUUGCCGGACUCUCGUACGUUAGCCAGGUGGCCCCACCUCCAGUCAGCAUGGGCGUCAUGGCUGCGUCGCUUUGUAUCAUCAACAGCCUUGCGUACUUUGCUGAUACCAUAAUAGCGUAUGAACCUCCCAUUGAAAAUCUGCCGGAAGUACCAGAAUGAAAGCUAUGUGAAUUAUA